AUGUUCCUGACGCUGCUCUGUGUCGCCUUGCUGGAGCAGCUGGUUAUUUACCAGGUCGGCGUCAUCCCCAGUCAGUACUACGAGGUCCUGGGGAACAAGGACUUCUCCGGGUUCAAAACACUGACUGCCAUGGCCCUGACUCUCAUCGUGGUAAACUCCACGCUAAAAAGCUUCGACCAGUUUAUCUGCAACAUGAUGUACGUGAGCUGGAGAAAAUCCCUCACCGAAUACCUCCACAGCUGCUACUUCCAGGGCCAGGUCUACUACAGCCUGCACGUACUGCACGAGGACAUCGAUAACCCGGACCAGCGCAUCAGCCAGGAUGUGGAGAGGUUCUGCAGGCAGCUCAGCUCCAUGGCCAGCAAGCUCAUCAUCUCGCCCUUCACGCUGGCCUACUACACGUACCAGUGCUUCCACAGCACAGGCUGGCUAGGCCCGGUGAGCAUCUUUGGGUAUUUCAUCAUCGGGACGAUUGUCAACAAAGUAUUGAUGAGCCCAAUUGUGUCUAAACUUGUGCAGCAGGAAAAACUGGAGGGGGAUUUCAGGUUCAAGCACAUGCAGAUUCGCGUCAAUGCAGAACCAGCUGCUUUCUACAGGGCUGGGCGAGUGGAGCACAUGCGCACGGACCGGAGGCUGCAGAGCCUGCUGCAGACCCAGAGGGAGCUGAUAGGCAAGGAGCUGUGGCUAUACAUUGGGAUCAACACCUUUGACUACCUGGGCAGCAUCCUGAGCUAUGUGGUCAUUGCCAUUCCCAUCUUUUCUGGAGUCUACGGUGACUUGAGUCCGACAGAGCUCAGCGCCCUCGUCAGCAAGAAUGCCUUUGUUUCCAUCUACCUCAUCGGCUGCUUCAGCCAGCUCAUAGAUCUAUCCAGCACCGUGACCGAUGUUGCUGGCUACACACACAGGAUUGGUGAACUGCAGGAGACCUUGCUGAGCCUUGGCAGGAAAAAAAAUGAUAACUACUCAGAAGCCAAAGCCAGCUGGGAUUUGGACAGCAGCCGUUCUGGGGAGGACCCUGUGCCAAGGGACACAGCUUUCCUUCUGGAGCGAGUGACGCUCUCGGUGCCAUCCACUGGCAAGCUACUCAUCAAGGACUUGAGCCUCAGGAUCUCACAAGGGAACAGUGUGAUGAUUGUGGGGAACACUGGCACAGGGAAGACAUCUCUCCUGAGGGUCCUUGGGGGACUCUGGGAGACCACGCGGGGGAGCAUCAAGAUGCUGACCUGCUUUGGCCCCCGGGGAGUGGUGUUCCUGCCGCAGCGACCCUUCUUCACCGAUGGAAGCCUGCGUGAGCAGGUGAUCUAUCCCCUGAAGGAGAUCUAUCCAGUUUCAGGGUCUGCAGAUGAUGAGAGAAUUGUGCGAUUCCUGGAGCUGGCUGGGCUGACUGAUUUGCUGGCGAGGGCUGGAGGACUGGACGAGCAGGUGGACUGGAACUGGUAUGACAUCCUGUCCCCAGGGGAGAUGCAGAGGCUCUCGUUUGCACGGCUCUUCUACCUCCAGCCAAAAUAUGCAGUACUAGAUGAAGCCACCAGUGCCCUGACAGAAGAGGUGGAGCAUGAACUGUACCGCGUGUGCCUUCAGCUGGGCAUGACACUGAUCAGCGUGGGACACAGGGCCAGCCUGGAAAAGUUCCAUAGCUGGAUUUUGAAACUUCAUGGAGAGGGAAGAUGGGAGCUCACUCGAUGCGAGAAGAUGAAGCUGGGGAAGGAUGCUGAAAAACAUGCCCUUGUGUGUGGAGAGAAGUUUUGA